CUCUCCUCUCUCGCUCUCAGAGUUGUUCAGACUUGAGGGAGGAAUGGCGGCCCCUCGGAGUUUCUUCAUCUCUCUCUCCGGGUUGUUUCUGGUUUUAUAUUUCGCUUGUGGAUCUACGUCUCCCGGCAGCAAAAGACCAAACCAGGAGCGAUGCGGUUUUAAGGUGCAGUCCGGUGCAGAUGGAGGUCGCAGGUUGGCCGUCACCUUCAGAGCUGACAACUGUUCAUUAAACUACCCACUGGGGAAACACGUGAUCCAUGAAGUCACCAAUGUCUCCUUCAGCCAUCUGGCCUGUGAGGAUCAGGCCGCUGUGGUCGUCCACUGGUCUGCAAGUCCAUUAGGGAUCGAACAUAUUAAAGGCUUCAGAGUUUAUCUGGAGGACAAGAAUCCAGAAGGGAAACAGUGUCAACAUCUCAUCCUCAAAGACCCACGACAACUCAACUUCUCCUACAGGAACACGAAGCUGAGCAGUCAGCCGUUCAGCGGUUUGACCUUUGACACCGACUACAUGGUUCGUGUUGUUCCUUUCCCGACUCUGAUGAACGAGAGUUUCUUCCCUCCAUCCUUCCUCAGGACCAACUCAUGUGAAGUCCUCCUGGGAUCAGACAACUUGGUUUGCAAACCAUUCUGGAAGCCAAAGACCCUGAACGUGUCCCAGCUGGGGUCGAACCUCCACGUGGCGUUCGACCAGGCUCCGGCCUCCUUCGGCUUCCACUUCUACUACCUGUACUACAAACUGCGGCAGGACGGACCCUUCAAACUGCAGCGCUGCAAACCAGAUGUGAACCAGCCCAGAACUACAUGUGUCCUCCAGGACGUCACUCCAGGGACCUACACUGUAGAGUUGAGAGACGACAGUAACACGACCAGGAGGCAGACUCAGUACCAUGUCAGCCAGGUCCACUCCCCCUGGGCGGGGCCCAUCCGCGCCAUGGCCAUCACAGUGCCUCUGGUCAUCAUGUCUGCCUUCGCCACUCUCUUCACUGUCAUGUGUCGUAAGAAGCAGCAAGAAAACAUCUACAGCCAGCUGGACGAGGAGAGCAGCGAGUCGUCCAAUCACAGCGCAGCGUUGAACGCGGAACGCCCGUGGCCCCGUCCCAAAGUCUUCAUCUGCUACUCCAACAGAGACUGUCCCAAGCACACCAGCGUCAUCCAGAGCUUCGCCUACUUCCUGCAGGACUUCUGCAACUGCGAGGUCGUGUUGGACCUGUGGGAACACCUGGAGAUGUGCAAAGAGGGUCAGAUGUCGUGGCUAAGCAGACAGCUGAACGAGGCCAACUUCAUCAUCACCGUCUGUUCCAAAGGCCUACGCUACUAUGUGGAGAAGAAGAGUCGUAGAGGGAAGGCACCAGUCAGUCGGCGUAGUAACAGCAGCACUAGCAGCAGCAGCAGCAGCAGCGGCGGCGGCUGUUUGUUUAUAGUGGGCGUGGCCAUGAUUGCAUUGCUGCGGCGCGGCAGCAGCGACGGGCGGCGCCAGGAGGAGCUGAGCCGCUACAUGACGGUCUACUUCGACUAUUCAACAGAAAACGACAUCCCCACCAUGUUGAGCCUGGCUCCCAGGUUCAAGCUGAUGGACCAGCUGCCUCAGCUCUUCAGUCGGCUCCACUCCAGCCAGUCCAGUCUGGUUGACCGUGAGCAGCAGCCUCUCAACGUCUCCCGGAGGAACUACUUCAGAAGUAAGUCCGGACGCUCACUCUACGUUUCCAUCUGCAACAUGCACCAGCACAUCAGCCAGAACCCCGACUGGUUCGAGAAGCAGCUGGCUCCCGCAGCGGGUUCCUCAUCCUCCUCUGGCUUCUCUUUGAAAAAUUCUCCGCUCCCCGCGGUCCCGGCUCCAAGCCCUCCUCCGAAGCCUCCCUGCUCCUCCUCCUCGUCUCAUUCUGAGCAGAGGUUUGACUCCGGCUUGGUGCUGAACGAGGUGGUGGUGAGGACGCCGUCGCCGGAGGGUGGGAACGGAGUUCCGACCAGGAAUAUGCUCCUGCUGGCCCCCGGCUCCAGUCCCGGCCUCAAACUUGGCCCCAGCCACAGUCCCGGUCCAAGCCCUGGUCCCAGUCCCGCUCCAAGCCCUGGUCCCAGUCCUGGUCCCUGUCCCAGUCCUGGUCUCUGUCCCAGUCCAGGCCUGCCACACUCCUCUCUGUCCAUGCUGGGAUCCAAUUCUAGGUCCACUUCUGGAAUAUCUGGACUUUUAACUGAAGAAUCUUCGUCCUCCUCCUCUGCUCCCUCCAUCCUCCAGGAUGGGGUGUGCAGUGUCCCCGCCCAGGCUGAAGAAGAGCGUCCCUCCCCUCCAGAGGUCCCACCUCCUCGUGAUUCGGGCAUCUAUGAUUCAUCUGUCCCUUCCUCAGAGCUUUCCAUUCCCCUAAUGGAGGGACUGUCGCAUGACCAGGCUGACUCCUCCUCCCUGGCCGACAGUGAAUCAUCUUCUUCAGGGCUGGGUGACGAGGAGCCACCUGUUGUCGUGUCGCUCCGCUGCAGCGCUGCCACAGUCUGUAAAGCCGAGCUGCACCACCAUCACCACCUGGAGCACAGUGAUGGACUCGCUCCUGUGGCGUCGUUGUAGGGGACGCCUCCAGUCAGUCAAAAGAGGACCCAGCCCCGCGAUGUCGCCACAAAUGUAUUGGUCUUGGACCUGAAUCCUUUCUGAGAAGUGUUGUCGUCCGAUCCUCAUGGAAACAGAACUGGGAUAUUUAAAAGGCAUUAGAGUGGGUCACCAAUGGGAAGGACUGAGUUCUAGAAUGCCUGUCUGUGGUAACUAAGGAAACCACUUGAGUCAGAGAACACUAGUCACUGGUGACUAUGGUAACUGUUGUGUUCUAGAACACUAGUCCUUGGGAACUAUGGUAACCGUUACAUUCUAGAACAGUGAUAGGUACAAUAACUAUGGUAACCACUGGUUUCCGUUACCCCACUCUAUGGUGACCAUGGUAACUAGAACACUUGUCUCUAGUAGCUAUGAUAACCAGUGAGUUUUAGAACACUAGUCCUUGGUAUCUAUGGUAACAACUGCAUUCUAGAACACUAGUCCCCAGCCACUAUUGUAAGCACUGUGUUCUACAACACUGGUCCACGACAAUUACAGUAGCCAACGAGGUAUCUAUGGUAACCACUGAGUUAUAGAACAUUAUUCCCCGGUAACCGUGGUCAUCAUCGGGUGGCAGAACAUUAGUCCCUGGUAACGAUGGUAACCACUACAUUCUAGAACAAUAGUCCAAGUAACUAUGGAAACUCUGAGUUCUAGGUACUUUGUUCGCCCCACUGGUCGCCCUGCCCGGAGGAUUUGUAAAGGGCUGGGUCUCCAGAUGCUGGCAGAGCAGAUCCUUUCAAACCAAAGACUUCCUCAGCACUGCGUCUUGAUUGAUAGACAGCUGACUCGCGUAUGAGAUGAUGUUUGGUACCAAAACAUGACGCUGAAAACACUGUUUGUUCGGGCACUUUUCGAUGCAGAAACACAGGAAGUCACAACACCACAGACAUGUUCAGAUGUUCCACGGCAACAACAUCCAACGGGAUCAAAGCGGCUUCUGAGGUUCUGGCAUCCACAGAGAUUUUUAGCAAAAGCUGCUGAAUGCAUCCACACCUUAAGGACAUCGAUGGUAUGGAGUUGAGGAUGGCCUUCUGCAUUAUUCGCAACCUUUUGGACCAAACCACACAUUCACCUGUGAAUGCUGUCCUUUAAAGAUUGCCAAUAUUUCAUUUAAUGUGCCUUUUUAUUUAGGAGGAGCAUUUUUCAUUCGAAGGCGGAAUUCCACUAAAACAGGUGGUAACAGAACAUUUUUAUCAAUAUUCAUUUUUUUAUGAGCUCUGAGUUUUUCCUCUGCAAUACGUUUUAACAGCAUUCCUUAUUUUAAACUGCUUUCAACAUAGAAAUGUCGUCUAAAUGUUGGCUGACAAUGACUCAUUGAAGCAGCAAGUCACUUGAUGACCCCUGCCUAAUCACAAAUCAUUAAACUGCCAAAGAAUUUCAACUAACUGUUAAAAAAACUGUCAAAAAUGUACUAAAACCUGCUAAUGUGAUAGAACAUGAUGGAAGAUUUGUGUGAAUGACAACGUUGAAUCGAAAUUUAGUUUUACGGCUUUUAUUUUCUCUGCAUUUAAAUUGACAGAUUCAGAAUAUACAACUCAAACUCAUUUGGCUGGAGGCACCACUUCUACAACCACAAUAUGUUGAAUACUGUGGUUACAUUGUUAAGUUUAUUGUUACAUAUUUUAAAGUAUUGAAUAUUAAUGUUGCAUUUAUGGUUAUAUAUUUUCUUAAUGCUUUGUAAUCAUUUCCUAACAUUGUUGCAGGGAGCAGCGCGGAUGAGGGCAUUGUAACACGAAACCGCUUUACAACUGUUGAAGCCCGUCCCUGCCAGGACAAGAAAUAAAUACACGAAAAAGUUAAUAAAGAUAUUUACUUCUUAAAUCAAAAUUUUGAGAUAGUUAAUCUUAACUUUGAUUUAAAAAAAGUCAAAACAGUUAUUGCAUGUUUGUGUCAUUAUUUUUGACUUACAUUGAGAAUUCUUACUUUAAUAAUUAAGUUUUCAUAAUUUUUUAUUCCUGGUGGAAAUGGGCGUCUAUGCGUCUUCUCGGUCAUUGAUCACAUGAACAUUUGUCAUUGUAUCUGAAGGACGCUAUGACUUUCAGUUACUGAUUUUUUUUAUUUUUUUUUAUGAUCUGCAGCUGCGGUCAUUUUGUUCUCGUUCUGGAUCAAACCGUGAGUUGAGGUUUUACAAAGUCACAAACGUAUUGGUUGCUGCUGAAGGCAGACUGGCAACUUCUGGUUCAUCUGCAGGUCUGAGUUUAUUGGAAGGGAAGGUUCAGCAUUUCCUACUUGUAAAUAUUAUUUGUAUUUUUCUAAAGUUUUUUUCUUGGAAAUGUCAAUUUUUGUAUAGUUAGACUGUUAUUUUCCUAUUUUUCUACAUGUUUUUAAAGAAAU